GAAGUGCUCGUGGGCCUCCUACAUGACCAACUCGCCCACGCUCAUCGUGAUGAUCGGGCUGCCCGCCCGCGGCAAGACCUACGUGUCCAAGAAGCUCACGCGCUACCUCAACUGGAUCGGCGUCCCCACCAAAGUGUUUAACCUUGGAGUGUAUCGCCGCGAGGCAGUCAAGUCUUACAAGUCCUACGAUUUCUUCAGGCACGAUAACAAAGAAGCCAUGGAAAUCCGCAAACGCUGUGCCUUGGUGGCUCUGGAAGAUGUGAAAGCGUAUCUCCUGGAGGAGUGUGGGCAGAUAGCUGUGUUUGAUGCAACCAACACAACUCGAGAAAGACGGGAUCUGAUCUUAAAUUUUGCUAAAGAAAAUGCUUUUAAGGUGUUUUUUGUGGAGUCCGUUUGUGAUGAUCCAGAAGUCAUUGCUGCCAAUAUCCUGGAAGUGAAAGUCUCCAGUCCAGAUUACCCAGAGAGAAACAGAGAGAAUGUGAUGGACGAUUUCCUGAAGAGGAUAGAGUGCUACAAAGUUACUUACCAGCCUCUUGAUCCCGAUGAGUACGACAGAGAUCUUUCCUUCAUUAAAGUGAUCAAUGUGGGACAGCGGUUCCUAGUAAACAGAGUCCAAGAUUACAUCCAGAGUAAAAUCGUCUAUUACCUAAUGAACAUUCAUGUCCAGCCACGUACCAUCUACCUUUGCCGACAUGGUGAGAGUGAAUAUAAUCUUGUCGGCAAGAUUGGUGGGGAUUCUGGUCUGUCACCACGUGGGAAGCAGUUUGCCCAGGCACUUAAGAAGUUCAUUGAAGAGCAGGAAAUUGUUGAUCUGAAGGUUUGGACAAGCCAGCUGAAAAGGACAAUUCAGACAGCUGAGUCUUUGGGGGUCACUUAUGAGCAGUGGAAGAUCCUGAAUGAGAUUGAUGCUGGGGUAUGUGAAGAAAUGACCUAUGCAGAAAUUGAAGCCAAGUAUCCAGAGGAGUUUGCCUUGAGGGAUCAGGAGAAAUAUCUUUAUCGCUACCCUGGAGGAGAGUCCUACCAGGACUUGGUCCAGCGCCUGGAGCCAGUAAUUAUGGAGCUGGAACGUCAGGGCAACGUCCUCGUUAUCUCCCACCAGGCGGUUAUGAGGUGCCUCUUGGCUUAUUUUCUUGACAAGAGUGCAGAUGAAUUACCCUAUCUGAGGUGUCCUCUUCAUACCAUUUUCAAACUCACUCCAGUUGCAUACGGUUGUAAAGUGGAAACAAUUACCCUGAAUGUUGAAGCAGUAAACACCCACCGUGACAAACCUUCUUUGAAUUCAAACAACCUUCCCACGAGCCAAACCCCUGUAAGGAUGAGAAGAAACAGCCUUACACCGCUGGCCAGUGCGGACACAAUAAAGCGCCCAAGAAAUUACAGUGUUGGGAGCAGGCCUCUCAGUCUACUGGGGUCUUUCCUAUUCCUGGAAGCUCAAGAUGAGGCAGAUCAGCCACGGCUGCAACCUCAAGUGGGAAGUGCUUGCCUAGGAUGGCUGCUUUAACGGUGUAGAGGUUUCUGGUCUCAUCCUGAGCACGGCUGGGAUUUGCACAGAUAUCCCCGUGGGCAGAAGCUCUCCUUGGACUCGUGUGCCUUGUGACUCCUGGAAGCGCCGCAGCCGCCACCGUCCCCAGGCACCUGCAAGCACAGUGAGCCGGUUGGCACUUCGGCCAGUAACGUUGCUUGAAAUAUAUUUUAAAGCUUUUCUGUGAUUAUUUUCGUCUCUUUUUAUUUGUAAAUGCUGAAAUGCCUGUCAAUGGGACUGAAGGAAAUUUGUUAUGAAGGUUUUCAAGUUGUUUUAAUGUGUGUGUAUGUGCGUUGGGCAGCAGGCCAUGUGUGCUCUAACGUAUUCCUGCUUUUAUUUAAUUCUCAUUGUCAUUUAAGUUCACGCACAGUUACUCAGUGUUAUUUAACUGUUGAAAUAGGUCCAGAUAUCCCCUUUUCUUUUUCCUUUUUUUUGAUCUGAAGCACUACAUCUGGGCAUGUUCUUAUGUUUUGGGAAGGCUCUUUGAGCCUAGCAUAACAAAAGCCCCUGGUAAAGUCAGGUAAUCUUUAUGAAGUUUAUCACGCUGAGGAGCAGCAAAAGGGAAAAAUUGCUAUUUUGUAGAAAGAGCCAAAUUACCAGUGCUGUUCAAAUCCUGCUUUAGCUUUGCACUCUGUUUUAAGCCUCAUCCCAUCACUUGUUUUCCUAGGGUUUGGCAGAAGCUUUUCCAUGUCUUAAAACAGAUAUAGUUCUGUUAUUCUAUAGCAUGUCAUAUGAGCUUCUAGAUUCUCCAUUUACCAUCCUGUUCCACCUACUUUACCCAAAACCUCUGAAAAUCAGUGUGAAUGCGUGUGCCCACGUGCUCCUUUGCGAAUAUCUGCAACCCUAGGGCUCAGCUUGGGCUGCAGAGAGCAGUUGAGUAACAUUCAUUCCCAAACGUAUUUUCUAUUUUUCAACUUAUUUUUCACUCCUAUUAUUAUCCUUUUAAAGACAAAAUUGUCCGAGUUGUUAUCCUAAAGAAAUGGAAGUUUAGAUACAUAAAUAGGAGCACCAUUUUUAUUAGGUAUUAUGCCUGUCUCCAGUGACUUAAGCAGGAUUUACAGGAGCCCCAGAAUUUCUGAGAUCAAAAUUGCUUGUUUUAAUUGUAUAAAUAAACAUUGGACAUGCCUAAAGUAGGUGUGUAUGCUUGAAAAAUGCAGAGCAGGAAGUUAAGAGGAGUCUCUUUUUGCCUCUACUGCCAAGGAGCCCAGUUGGGAGCCUGAGGUUUUUCCGUGGAAUUGCAAGAGCUCCGACCCAAUUGUUUUAAUCACUCCCAGUAUUUUAACUUGGCAAUGCUGUAAUGGGGAAGAGCUUAAGGGUAUGUUGGGCUUGGCAACUGCUCUGUAGAGAGCUGAAACUUGCAGUGGGUGGGAAAAUUUGAUUUUUUUUUUCUUUUUUUACUAGUUCUGUGUGAUCUUACCGCUGAAAGGCAGGUUUGUUGCUGCCCUCUGCCAAGUUAGCAGCAGCAAUUCUUUGUUUUAAACGUUAGCUUGCUCAGGAAUGAGCUAGGAAAAGGGAAAGAAACUAUUGUGAAGGAAGAGAUUCACAGUCUGCUGCCAGGGGAUGUUCCCUGCCGCUUCCUAGAGUGAUUCUCUAAUUGCCUGAACUUGCACCUGAGCAGCCUUUCUGCUUCUAACAAUAAAUCCUCCCUCUCUGCAGGGAACACAAAUGAAACCAUGCCCUAAGUUGCUUGUGCACAAUCCACUGUAAGAACGUUAUACAGAAGGAUUAUAUUUGUGUCAUUACCUAGUUAAUGUUUAUAACAAAAAUAUAUUUUUACAUGCCAGAAUCCCUGUAUGUAGCUGCUAAUAUGUUGGCAGUGCUAACUCUUUAAUCACUGCUGAAAAUCCGUUCUGCGACAGAAAUUUUGCAUUUGACUCCCGUCCCGUUCCUACCCAGCAGCUACUUGCUUGGGCAGCCACCUUAUUGGCGGGGGCAGAGCCUGUUGCCUCCAUCUGCAGGAGUCAGUUUGUGCCUCUGGGCUUUGGCUAAAGCCUAAAUAUCAUUCUGUUCUUUAUUUUAACUUCCAAAGGGUGCAAUUACAUCUGUGGAGCAGAGCACGGGCGAAUGGGUGCUGCUCCGUCCUCUGCAGUGACCCUGCUCUCCUCGCGGGGAUGCAGCUGGCUCAUAAAUACGCCUGAUGUUGGGGCUGGGUUGGCAGUGCCAGGGAGGGCACAGGUCUCCCCUGCCUGAAACCUGCCAGCCGGCGUUUUGUGCCAGGCAGUUCCUUGAAAUCACAUGACUUCCAUGGCAUUAUUCGUGCAAAUACUCCAGAAUAAAUAAAGAUUGCACAAUUUACCUGAAUGGAAAGAUAGAGGCUUGCGCGCUCAGUUAUGGCAGAGUAGCCUUCCUCUGCUAGGCAUGCAGAGCCUGUUCCAAACCCUGCCGUGGGGGGUGAGAGGUUGCAGUUGGCUGUGUUAUGUGGUUAGCA